AUGAUAAGCCUUAGGUUUCAACCAAGCACCGCCGGUGUUUUAUCGGCGUCGGUCAGCAGCGCCGGUUUUAUCAAGCGGUGCGGUUCCACUAAACCGGUAAGGACCGGUCGUUUCAGAACGAUAGCGAUAGCGGCGAGUCCUCUCGAAAUCUGCGUCAAAGCUUCCAUCACCACACCCAACAAGCUCGGAGACUGCCCUUUUUGCCAAAGAGUGUUGCUGACUAUGGAGGAAAAGCAUGUUCCUUAUGACAUGAAACUGGUGGAUUUGAGUAACAAGCCGGAAUGGUUCUUGAAACUUAGUCCAGAAGGUAAAGUCCCAGUGGUGAAGUUUGAUGAGAAAUGGGUUCCGGAUUCGGAUGUUAUAACACAAGCUUUGGAAGACAAGUACCCUGAGCCUCCUCUAGCAACCCCACCGGAAAAGGCUUCAGUUGGUUCAAAAAUAUUCUCCACGUUUAUCGGUUUUCUCAAGAGCAAAGAUCCAGAAGAUGGAACCGAGAAAGUUUUGUUGGAAGAGCUUAGUACAUUCAAUGAUUAUAUCAAAGAAAAUGGACCUUUCAUAAAUGGAGAGAAGAUUUCAGCAGCGGAUUUGUCCUUGGCACCAAAGCUAUACCACAUGAAGAUUGCAUUGGGACAUUACAAGAACUGGUCUGUUCCAGAUUCACUUUCUUUCCUUCAAUCCUACAUGGAGAAUGUUUUCUCGAGGGAAUCAUUUGCGAAUACACGGGCGGAAACAGAGGAUGUAAUUGCUGGUUGGAGACCAAAGGUGAUGGGUUAA